GGAGAUGUUGCACCACCGCCGUGACGUCAUCGGUAAACAGUAGUGUCACGGGAGCAGUGUUGCUGGUGUGUGUCUCUGCCUUAUUUACCUCCUUUAAGUCAACUCUCCCUCCUACUCCCCAGUGGUCGUCUCCAACAUGUCGAUAGCAAAUAUGGAAAAGCACCUCUUCAGCUUGAAGUUUGCUGCCAAAGAUCUUGAACGGCAGUCCAAAAAAUGUGAAAAGGAGGAGAAAGGAGAGAAGGUGAAGCUGAAGAAAGCAAUAGCGAAGGGAAACAUGGAUGGCGCUCGUAUCCACGCUGAAAAUUCCAUUCGUAACAAAAGUCAAGCACUCAACUAUCUUCGAAUGGCUGCUAGAGUUGAUGCAGUAGCUUCUCGCGUCCAGACGGCUGUGACACAACGCAAGGUUACUCAGAGCAUGGCCGGCGUAGUUAAAAACCUGGAUGCAGCAAUGAAGAGCAUGAACCUGGAGAAGAUUUCAGCCCUUAUGGACAAGUUUGAACACCAGUUUGAAGACUUGGAUGUACAGAGCUCGUAUAUGGACACUGCCAUGAGUCAGACCACUACCACAGCUGUUCCUCAAGAUGCUGUUAAUGGCCUCAUGUCUCAGGUGGCUGAUGAAGCUGGCUUGGAAUUGAACAUGGAACUACCAACUGGAGGAACAUCCACGGUGGGAGUAAGUGCAACACAAGCCAGCCAAGACCAGGAUGAGCUGACUCAGAGACUGGCUAAACUUCGUAAUGCUUGAUUCUUGCAAGAAUGCUGGUUGCACCUCAGAUUUUUGCUGGAGGGAACCUGGACGCAGGUGAUUGUUUGUUCUCAGUAUGGUUGCCUUUCUCACAUUAGACUGUUGGGUCUUAUAAAUAUAUUUAAUGAGAAAAUUAAGGGUUUACACUUAAGGUGUGUAAUAUUUAGUAAUUUGCUUUAUUAUUCAAUUUGAUGAGAAAUUAUUUGAUCUUUACAUUUAUUUCACUGUUUACUAAUUGUACAAAACAGUUAAUGGUAGUUACAGAAGUUAUAAAAGGUAUUCAAAAUGUAAUUACAGUAUGGUGAUUAAGAGAAGCGGGUGUGGGGAAGGUGAUAAUGUCGGUAGGCCGAUUGAUUCUUGAUAAUACAGGUACAGUACAGUAAUUUUGAUUAGAUUGAUUGAAAUUAUUUUCUGAAAGAAAUGAGUCAUAUAGUGUUUAUGAGGUUAUGAACUGGUUCUCAAGUGAAACCUUAAUACCCUUGCUAUGUUUUGGUCUUUUAAGGUUAACAGCAGCUAACUAAAUGUUUUAAUGGUAGCAGGUGGGCGUGUGGCAGAAUUGGUAAUUUAGCCAUGUUGAAGUGUUUACUGUUGUAACCUGUGUAAGCACCCAUUUUAGUGUUAGGUUAAAUGCUGGCCAGGUGCCAACAAAUUUUCAUCAGUUAUAAGGUAACUGCUAUAAGCUUAUCAAAUAUAAACUACAUCCAGUCAUCAUGAGAUGUCAGGAGUUACAAUAUAUUACAGUGAAGCAAAAAUUAUUUGCAGUUAACAGUAGGUUAUUUCUACCUUUAUUGUCAAGCAAUGGGAAUUACGGCAUUAACUAUUUUUUUUAAUGUUAGCUUAUAAGGUUUUAUAUAUACAGUAUGUAGGCUACAAAUGUGCAUUUUAAAUAGAAUGAUGACCUUCAUUGCUGCUAUUUUUUGAAAAUAUGGCAUUUGCAAAGUGUCAACAGGAACAAGAAUGAGGCACAAUAAUAUAUAUAUAUUAUUUCAAAUUCUCUCCUAUAUUGCAGGGUGGCAAGGUUAAAGUGAUUGAAAAUAUGUGGGACUUAUUGUUACUGUACACAACCAGUUCCAGCUGGUGUUGACAUCAAUCUUGGUUUAUAAGGUAUUUUUAUUUAGUGAUUGUUCAGGUCUUACCUUCUCUUUAAAUUCUUAAGUUUUAUACAUUUCCCAAUUCACAGUGGCUGGUGUUCAAGGAUGAGACAAAGAUGGGUAGAUGCUUUAAUAUUUGUUUAAAAUUUAAAUGAUUAUGUGAAUAAGAGAGCAGGUUCUAUUUUUAGUUAUGUUAAACUCAUUAUACAGUAUAUGCAGAUAUAAGACUUUAUAUGACACUUGUAUACACAAUUAAAUAAAUUAAUUUAGUUUAA